GCGGCGGAACCGCCCCCAACCGCCUCCCCGGCCCGGCGAGCAGGCGGGUGGCUGGGGCGCCUCCACCUCCUCUUCCUAAAGCGGCGAGGAGCAGACGAGCGGCAUCACUCGAGCCCAGGUCUCGGCCACCGCCACACACGGCGCCCAGCGUUCAGUAGGAGGAGCAGCAGCUGAGGCGGCUGCCACAGCGGCGGGCGGGCGCCAGAAAGGCCCCGGUCGAAAAGCCUGGGAGGGCCGCCGACCUACCCCCGGAGGAGGAGCCAGUCGGAGCCCAAGGCGCCACCGCCGCCGAAGCCGCGCGGAGCAGCUUUCGCCUUCAUGGCCCACUCACCGGUGGCGGUCCAAGUGCCCGGGAUGCAGAAUAAUAUAGCCGAUCCAGAAGAACUGUUCACAAAAUUAGAACGCAUUGGAAAAGGCUCCUUUGGAGAAGUUUUCAAAGGUAUUGAUAACCGUACCCAGCAAGUGGUUGCUAUUAAAAUCAUAGACCUCGAGGAAGCCGAAGAUGAAAUUGAAGACAUUCAGCAAGAAAUAACUGUUUUGAGUCAGUGUGACAGCUCAUAUGUAACAAAAUACUAUGGAUCAUAUUUAAAGGGUUCAAAAUUAUGGAUAAUAAUGGAAUACCUGGGUGGCGGUUCAGCACUGGAUCUUCUGAGAGCUGGUCCAUUUGAUGAGUUCCAGAUCGCUACCAUGCUAAAGGAAAUUUUGAAAGGUCUGGACUACCUGCAUUCAGAAAAGAAAAUUCACCGAGACAUAAAAGCUGCCAAUGUCUUGCUCUCAGAACAAGGAGAUGUGAAACUUGCUGACUUUGGAGUUGCUGGCCAACUGACAGAUACACAAAUUAAAAGAAAUACCUUUGUGGGAACACCAUUUUGGAUGGCUCCUGAAGUUAUCCAGCAGUCAGCUUAUGACUCAAAAGCUGACAUUUGGUCACUGGGAAUUACUGCUAUUGAACUAGCCAAGGGAGAGCCACCUAACUCGGAUAUGCAUCCUAUGAGAGUUCUGUUUCUUAUUCCAAAAAACAAUCCUCCAACUCUUGUCGGAGACUUUACUAAAUCCUUUAAGGAGUUUAUUGAUGCUUGCCUGAACAAAGACCCAUCAUUUCGUCCUACAGCUAAAGAACUCCUGAAACAUAAAUUCAUUGUAAAAAAUUCAAAGAAGACUUCUUAUCUGACUGAACUGAUAGAUCGAUUUAAGAGAUGGAAGGCAGAAGGACACAGUGAUGACGAAUCUGAUUCUGAGGGCUCUGAUUCGGAAUCCACCAGCAGGGAAAAUAACACUCAUCCUGAAUGGAGCUUUACCACCGUGCGAAAGAAGCCUGAUCCAAAGAAACUACAGAAUGGGGCAGAGCAAGAUCUUGUACAAACCCUGAGCUGUUUGUCUAUGAUAAUCACACCUGCGUUUGCUGAACUUAAACAGCAGGAUGAGAAUAAUGCUAGCAGGAAUCAGGCAAUCGAAGAACUGGAGAAAAGUAUUGCUGUGGCUGAAGCUGCCUGUCCUGGCAUCACAGAUAAAAUGGUGAAGAAAUUAAUUGAAAAAUUUCAAAAGUGUUCAGCAGAUGAAUCCCCCUAAGAAACUUCUUGUUAGUGGCUUCUAUUUCAUAUGGACCCAGAGAAACCCACCAAAGCUACUUCAAGCUUAACUAUGCUUAACUCAUGAGCUCCACGUGCCUUUUGGAUCUUUGCAACAUUGAAGAUUUGGAAGAAGCUAUUCAACUAUUUUGUGAUGGUGUUUAUCAUUUUAUAUUUUAAAGAGAUUAUUUUGUAAGGAAUAAUUUUUAAUACUAUAGUUUCACCUGUAUUCUAGUAAAUGUUGAG